AUGAACAAUAAUUCAAUGGCUACAAGAUCAGGGUUUCAUGUUCAAUAUUCAAAUCAGUAUAAAUAUGCUUAUGAUCCUUCACCUCAACUAUCUAUCAACUUCUCACGUCCAAAACCGCCAUCAUAUUCUCGAGCACCUUGGAAUGUAACAAAAUGGAUUGAUCCUAUUGAACCUCAAAAUCGAUAUAAUCAAAGACGAUGA